UGAUAUGGAGCUCAGUCCCCACCUACCUGACAUUUGUCCCUGCUUUGGGUAAACAGAAGGGCAGCGGGUGGUGGAGGACUAAUACAUGGCGGGCAAAGGUGGAAGGAGAGUAAUCCCUCUGGGUUUCGACACGCUCUGGAUUUCAGGCCCUUAAAGUAGAGUUCGGAGGAGAAGAAGUCAGUGUUCGGCCGUCUCACCAACUUCUUCAGCUCCAAGAGGAAGAAGAGCAGCAGCCGGAAUCAUUCGAGCACCUCCACCGACAGCUGCCCGGCGUCCCCCUUGUCUCCACAUUCACCCCAAUCUGAGCCAGAAAAUGGGUUAAACGCUUCACUUCUGUCGGACUUUGCCGGAGCUGAGCACAGCGACACCGUGAGCCAGAGCUCCAGCCGGAGCGCCUCCAGCAGGGCCUCACAGGUCACAGUAGAGGCAGACAUGCCCUUUGCAGACAGUAACAGCACCGGGAGAAGCAGCGUGAAGGAGCUGGAUGCAAUCAUGACUUCCACAUCCACAGACCCUGCAUCUGCCACCGAGCCAGAUCCAGAUCCCGGUUUGAAGUCAGAACUGGGCUUCGCUGAAUCCGUGGUGGAAGAAGUGAGCAAACGGCUGCAGGUGCAUUUGGAACAGAGAUCAUCAGCCCGACCACACUGACGUCACUUCAGAUCCCCCUUUCUAAGGCUGCGGAGUCCCCAAAGUCUCCUAACCUAACCUCCAUAAGCUUAGCAUCAAAGAAAGCAUCGGUGAAGGUUGGAGAGAAGGGCCACAGCACGGCGCUGAGAGGAAUAACUCUGGGCAAACAGCACUGACCCAGGACGAGCACUCGCAUAUCCACCAGCAGCCUCUCGGGGGAAAGUGCAACCACAAGAGAGGAAAAACCCCAAGGCGAGUCUCCUGUCCUGUUCCACAAAGCCAUAUGGGUGGAGACACACCUGGGAGAGGAGGAGGUGGAGUGGGAGAAAGAAAGGGAUGUAAUGAAAAAAGAGGAGGAGGGCUUUAGAGCAGACUCGCCUCCUCUUUUGGCCGUACCUGCCACGGUAAUUCCAGAGGACGACUCAGAGGCUGAGAGAGCACCAGAGAGCCCUCCCACCCCCUCAGAGACUCCUCCGCUCAGUGGCAGCCUGCCACAUUCACUCUCCUCCCUGUCACAGACUGUGGGGGAGGUUCACACCUCCACGGAGCAGCCGGAGGGGCCGGACACAGACUCAACAAGGAGUUCUCCUCAGGUUCAGGAGCGACAUCGGCCGAGAUCAAUCCGGAUCACACGCAGGACCGUGAGUCUGCCUUCGAAGAGCAAAGGUGUUGCCGAGGUGAACGCCAGCCCCGAGCCGAGCGUGGACGAGGACGAAGGUUCAACUUCAAAGAGCUCAAACACAACAGAGGCGAAACCACGGCUGAUCCUCAAAAACAGCAAUGAUGCUGACUUUAAGGACACAAACGUCGAUCGACCCGCACAUGAAGACGAGUCUCCACUCUCUGAGGCAAUUACUCUUGAAGCCAUAGUUAAAACUAUGAUGAGAGGAGGUGAAACAUCUUCAAGCCACUUAAAGAAGUCCAGACGCUUUUCUUUCCAAGCUCCUUAGACUACGAUGACCUGGAUGACUGAGAAACUUCACAGACAUGCAUCAGGAAUUGUCCCACCAAUGAAGCCACCCAAAAACUUUUCUAAAAGAAUCCAUGUUGAGAGCGAUACUCCGACCUCCAGCAUCUCUCCACUUCCCACCAAACAAGAGAAAACUGUCUCAUCAAGGAUCUUUAAAUGGAACGAAAACAUCAAACAGCAUCAAAAAAUGCCUGCAAAAGAUUCACCUGAGACCUCGUCGUCUGUGAGCAAGCUUCCCACAAGAGGCCAGAGAAGCUCCAAUAAACUAAAACCCAGACAACGUUCCCAAAGUGGGAAUUCUGAGGACUCAAAUCACAACACAUCGACAGAGACGGAUGUAAAAGCACCUGAAAGCAUCACGGCGAAUGAGCGUGACAGUGAAGACACAUUUAAAUUCAAGUCGGAGGGAGAGGAAUGCAUUAUAAAACACACCGAUGAAACCAAAGUGAAAGAAAAAGAGAUCGGAACCAGUACAGCAACUGAAGACAUUUCAAACAUCCAGCGGUUGCAAAACAGCGACGCUGUUAUUACAAAAAGUGUUCCGGACACAGGAGCCGAGGUGCAGUCGAGCUGCGAGAUCGACAAAGCAAUUCCAUCUCAAGUUACUGAUGGAGGUCAAGCGGAAAAUUUGUCUGCUAUUCAAAAUAAAAACACAACACGAGAACCAAAAUCCCCGUCACUAAAAACACUGAAGCUAACAGGAAACGUGAAACUGGGUUUAAUCCAAGAUAAAAACGCGGCACCACGAACUCGCGACACAAAACAAGCUCCUGAAGAUGAAACUGACAUGCCGAGCAAACCCGCUGAGGGUGACAGCGUUCAAAGGGAGAUACGUGGACGUAUUCCUGCUAAUAAAAUAAAUGCAUUCACUUCCAAGCAAGAGAUAAACAGCAGCAGUAUUCCUACUAAACUGAUUUCAAAGGAUGACUCAGAUCAGUCUAAACCAGCCAAUACAGAGCAGCAAAAGGAUUUAUCAAGGGAGGAUCAAUUCACAAACGAACGGGACACGUCCCUGACAUUAAACAGGGCCUUAGCAAAAGAUGUUGAAGUAGAGGAGAAAAGCAAAGAGGAGGGUGGCAGGAAACCAGCAGAGAGGUUGGGCAUUCAAACAGAGGCUGUGACUGUUUGUGAAUUGUCCAAGAAUGUUGAAAAUCAGUUGCACAAAGAGGCUCUUUUACUCGCAGGAGGAUCUGAAGGGAAAGGCUCAAAACCAAAUGAAACACUUAGUGACACAGCAGUGGAAAGCACUGAGUCACAGAAUGGUUGCAAAGAGGUGCUCAAGGGCAUAACCACAGAGAGAGCCAUUACAAAUUCAGAGAAAUCAGCACAUCUGUCAUCAGAGGAUAGAGGUUUAUCAGCUGAGUCCAAGGAAGAAACGCAGACAGGGGUUACAAACGCUCUGAAAGAACAAACGAGGGAGGAGCAAGCAAUACUCCAUGAAACUACAAAACAGCAGCCUGGUUCCUUGGAUGAGGACAUGAGUGGAAACAUGUCAGUGAAGGUUUCUGAUGAACUCACCAAGAAUCCAUGUCAAAGACAAACUGAGAGACUGAUUAAUAGACUUUACCUUCAAGACAAACUGCAGCAGAAGUUCUCACCAGAGGAUUUUCUUCAAAUCCGUCCACCUGUGACACGGCACCAUGUCACAUCUGAGAAACAUCUGGCUCACACGUUUGUCCGCAGGCUGAUGAUGUUAGACUGCAGGGCCAGAUAUAUGCCUGUAAGACCAGACAGUCCUGAGGGGACAGAGCCAAAGCCCAGGCUGGUGCCUGACAUCACUGAGAAGCAUUACAGUGAUUGGGAGGUUUUUCUGAACGCCAGCGUGGACACAGAACAGACUUGUGUGCAUCCAAUGGAUGUUCAGAUGGCCGUGUUUCACUGCUCAGACAGCUUCCUUAAACAGAUGAUGGUCACAAAGCUCUCUCAGUGUCAGUAUGCUUUACCUUUGCUGGUCCCUGACCCAGUCACAGUGGAGAUGGAGUGUCCUCUGUGGACUUUCAGACAGAUAACAAAAACCUGGACGGUGACUCAGAUCAAAGAUGGCUCACCCAUUAUCACCAUGAAUGUUCCAGUCUGCAAAGCUCAGACACCCUUGGUGUCAUUUUUCCGCCUGGGUUCUCUGUCAGUGUCUAAAUCUCAGCUGAUGAACACUUUGAUCAACGACCGCCACAGCACCUUCUUCCACAGGAACUGCCCAGGAAGCACCAGGUCUCGCCAUCUGAUGGAUGGUGUGGCAGAGAUAGCCUGGUACUGCCCUGCUGGGAAACCCACUGAUGCCUUCAGGGACUGCAUUGCUUUCUGUAAUCUUCACGGAGAUGCUCUGUUAACUGAAAAACAGCGCGACAUACUGAUUGAAAAAUCCUCCAUCAACGUUUUUCUUGUUGCAUCUCUGCAAAAAGAUGAAGAAAGCAGAUCACUUAUAGCCGCCCUCUUUAAGUCUCAUAAACCUUUAAUAUGUGUGAGUGUUGAUGACAGCUGUGAUGCUGUCAGGACUAAAAAGGGAAAAUACAAAAUGGGUCUCAAAGGCAGAAACCAGUCAGAUGUAUCUGAAGAGCUGAAAAAGAUCAUUAGAGAAGUUUUAUCUUCUCUAGAAGUUUCCAGUGUGAAACCAUCCUUCCAGCUGGAAACCCUGGCUGAGCUCUCUGGAGUCAGAGUGGAUGAAAGUGACCCAGCCUGUCAGAGAGGCAGAUCUGCUGCUCUGGAAAUAAUGCAGCUGAUCACAAAGGAUAACCUGGAUAUCUCAAAGAUUAAAGAGGAAUUCCUCCCUUAUCAAAACCAUCUGUGGCAUCAGUGGAUCAAAAUACACAAAGAACUGAAUCAUCUCAGAGGAAACAGUGAAAAGAAGAAAAGUGAAAAGCAGCAGAAACUGAUGGACACGCGUCAGAAACAACGUGCUGCUUCCUGCAGUAAACUGAUGGAGCUGUUCAUCAACAACCUCUCAGCACUGCCACCAACAGACAGAGAGUAUUUCCUGAAAUGGACUCAGAUCUUCAUGGAUGCUCUCUCCACAGAGAACGUUUCUUCUGUUCUCCAAAGUUAUGAUGAAAAGUGGUUGGAGGUCUUAGCUCUGAAGAACAAACAUGACAAAUCUGGUCUGUUAUUAAUGAAACAAACUGAGCACCAAGACUUGUCCCAAAAACUGCAGUCUGCAUCCUUCGGCUUGGAGCACAUGUUCAGAGAAAUGGGACACAUCUAUGAAGCCCACAGAACAACAGACAGAGAGAGCAGAGACGCUGACUGGUGUAGAUACCCUGAGCUGGCUGCACAGCUGAUGAUGUCAGGACACCCAGUGGAGCUGAUGGACGGGGAUGCAGGUCACCUGCCUUUCACAUGGAUCUCCAGCCUCUUAGAGGAAGUCAUCCAGAAACUGGGGGACCAGAGAGUUUUUGUGUUGUCAGUGUUGGGCCUCCAGAGCAGUGGGAAAUCAUCACUGCUGAGCUCCAUGUUUGGACUGCAGCCUGCAGUGGGUGCUGGCAGGAGUACCAAGGGUGCCUUCAUGCAGCUGCUCAAAGUAUCAGAGAACAUGAAGACAGACUUUGACUAUGUUCUAGUGGUGGACACUGAAGGUCUGCAGGCUCCUGAGCUGGACGGUAACACCACCUGUUACCGUGACAACGAACUGGUGACAUUUGUCGUUGGUUUGGGAAACCUGACACUGAUCAGCAUCUUUGGAGAUGAUCUGUUGAAGAUCCAAGGCGUUCUGCAGAUUGUUGUUCAGGCUUUGAUGAGGAUGAAGAAAGUUCAGCUUUCUCCCAGAUGUGUGUUUGUUCAGGAUGUUCCAGAUGUUGCAGCAGCAGAGAAGAACGUGCACGCAAAGAGACGCCUGCAGGAACAUCUGGACCAGAUGACCAAACUAGCAGCUAAAGAGGAGCUUUGUGAUGCUGAGCGCUUCAGUGAUGUCAUUGAAUUUGAUGUUCAGGAAGAUGUGAAAUACUGUGGGCAGCUGUGGGAGGGCAGUCCACCCAUGGCUGCUCUUAAUCCAGCUUACAGUGAGAGCCUCCAAGAAGUGAAGAACACCAUCCUCUCUAAAGCUUCAAAGUCUGCUGGUAUCACUCUCUCACAGCUCAGAACCAAAGUUCAGGACCUGUGGAACGCCCUCCUCAGUGAAAACUUUGUUUUCAGUGUCAAGAACACUUGUAUUUGUAAUUAUAUUAAAAAAAAUAUAAAAGUUCCUAAAAUAAUUUUUAAAAAAUUGUACAAUUAUAGAAUAAUUUACAAUAAAAAAUAUAUUUUUAAAUUGUAAUAAUAAUUGUAAUACAAUUACAAUUAUUAUUACAAGUGAUUGUGAUACAAUCACUCUACCAAUGGACUGCAAGGUUUAUUUACACAGUGAACAGGAGAAAAUACUGAAGGACAACUGAAACACGAACAUAAAGUCAUAGGGUCAUGUAUUGUGCCUUGUAAUAUUUAUGUAUAUACAACACGUGCUCACUCAGGCAUAUGGAGUGGAAAUAUUUUUUGUGUAAUGUGGGAAAAAAUUAGAAUAGUGUCACGGGCCAGGUGAAUGGCAGUAUUUUUCCGUAGAGCUAUGGGUCUCCUCCUCCGGGUGGAGCCGACCUCAUUUCUUCCCUGGAGCUCAUUAUCAUGGCUGUAUGUAAUACCAGCGAUGACCGCUAUUCUUUCCCAGAUCGUCUGCUACCCAGCUCUUCCCCACAGACCUUAUCCACUAACUGCUUGCAGUAACCUAUAGCUUGGUUGCUGCUUUCAUUUAUCACCAUCACCAUCCUCACCUGGACCUUCACAGCCUUCCCUUCCCCUCUCCCACACCUCCACCUGCAAACAAAUAAUCCCUGUACCAUAGUCAUGUUCACAUUGACCCAAUUCAUGUAAUCACUUACAGCAUUUCCCUCAUGUCCAUGUAAAUAGUGCUCACAUUCAUGUCUAUAGCUUUCUUCAUGAUUCACUGCCUAAGCGUUUAGCUCUCAUAUUUAUAUAUCUGUUGUUGCCUUCACUGAAGAAAUAAACAGGUGGAGUGGUCUUUAUCAAAAGUAUAAGUUGCAUCUGUGGCUAAA